AGCAGGCGAUGGCUUUGAACGACUGCUCCACCUCUCCCCUGGACAUCUUCUCCUCUCUGGAGCACCCGGUGUCCCUCUCGGUGGCGCGGAACCGCUCGCUGAACGCCACCUCCUCUCCGGCGGGCCACCUCCACCCCCCGCCGGCCUACGCCAUGUCCUGCCUCAGCAUGAGCCUCGGCGUCGCGUCCAACCUCGUCGGCCUGGCCGUGCUGGCCGGCUCCAGCGCGCGCUUCCGCCGCCGGGCCAAGGCCCCCUUCGUGCUGCUGGCCCGCGCCCUGUUGCUGACCGACCUGGCGGGCCAGCUGAUCACGGGCGCGUUCGCCCUCUACCUGCACCUGGAGCAGCGGCACGGGCCCGGAGGAAGGGCGCCGGGAGGGGGCACGCGGACCUUCUGCGGGAUGUUCGGCGCCUGCAUGGUGUUCUUCGGCCUGUGCCCGCUGCUGCUGGGCAGCGCCAUGGCGGCGGAGCGCUGCGGGGGCAUCACGCGCCCGCUCCUGCACGUGGCGCUGGCCACGGUGGCGCACGCGCGGCUGGCGGCGCUCGUGCUCAUGGCGCUGGCCCUCGGCCUGGCGGCGCUGCCCCUGCUGGGCGUCGGCGGCUACGCGCGGCAGUACCCGGGCACCUGGUGCUUCCUGCCCGUCCACGGGCAGCUCUCCCCGGCGCACGCCGCCCUGGCGCUGGUCUUCGCCGGCCUCGGGCUCGGCGCCCUCCUCCUGUCGGUGCUCUGCAACACGGCGAGCGGAGCGGCGCUGCUGCUGGCCAGGCGGACGUCUCGGCGGACAGCCGGGCAGUCCGUCGCCGUCGCCAUCGCCGCCGGCGCCAAGCACCGGGGCCCCGCCAACGCAUCAUCUGCGGGCAUGCGCUCGCUGGACGUGGAGAUGAUGACACAGCUGGCCGUGAUUAAUGUGGUGUCAUGCGUUUGCUGGUGUCCGUUUCUGAUCUGCAUCUCUUUGUCGGUUGGGAAGUUUCUCGUCGGCUCCCUUCCGACAUAUCCGGUGCGAAAGCACGAGCAGCAGCUUCUGCUGUGUCUCCGGCUGGCGUCCUGGAACCAGAUCCUGGACCCGUGGGUCUACAUCCUGCUGAGGCGCGCUGUCUUGCGCAGGGUCUGCUGCCUGCUGCAGCCCGACAGGAUCUCACUUCCACAGAGCAGCUCCAGCACUGGAUACCACAGAUGA